AUGGUGGGUAACUUCUCAGAGGGGCGGAGCGGAGGCUUCUUCUUCACGACGGCGGACCGGCGCUACCUCGUCAAGACGAUCGGCCGCAAGGAGCGGCGGAGGGGCUGCUCACGGGAGCGAGAGCAGCGGAGGCUGCUCAAGAUGCUGCCGCGGUACUACGAGUUCCUGCGCACCAACCCGCGCUCCCUCCUCUCCCGCUUCUCCGGCGGACACUGCGUCGACGGCUGCUAUUGCCUGACGAUGCACGGCCAGUCGCGCCGUUUUGCGGCGGCCCAGCUGGCGGGGCAGUGCCAGAAGGACUUUGGAGACGCCGAGUUCCUCCGCUCGCACAACAUCAUGGACUACUCGCUGCUGGUCGGGAUACAGCACGGCUACGGCUCCGUCGACCCGCUCUCGCUCCCUCCCCUCGCUCGCCGCCUCGUACCGCUCCCUCCCCUCGCUGCCCGGCGUGCCGAGCUGCGGAGGACCGCCAAAGGGAUCUGCCCGCUCGCCUUCUCCGCCGACCCGACCGCCGACCCGGGCGCGGUCUACUACUUCGCCAUCAUCGACCUCCUCCAGUCCUGGGACUGGGGCAAGCGGCUCGAGCGGUCGUCGACGCGCUACUUCCGCGGCUUCUGA